AUGAGCAAGGCGCCUUUCGCAGCAGACCAGCGGCGGCCGCUGGAGGACUUCAUGGCCCUGACAGGCCUUAAGCCGAAAUAUGCGAAGGGGUGUUUUGACCGUUUUGGCGGCUACGCACCGGCGUUGGCCUCGUUUGCCCAGUCCUACGCGGCGUUGCCAAGCGAGUACUUUGAGGAUGCUGCGAAGGUGGAACAAAACGCGGAGCUCAUCAACGAAGAGCUGAAACUUAUUUACAAGCGGGCAAGAGAAAUAAAACAUCAGUCCGGUAAGCCAGACGCCGGAGUCUGGGCCGCCUACUACGCGAAAGAAUCCCUCCCCGCGUCCAAGCCGCAGGCCGUCAACGGCGCCGCGGCUGAUGCGACGCCGAAGCCGUUUGGAUCCGCCUUUAGCUUCACCACCACCAAGGCCGCCGCGCCGCCGUCAGGUACGAUAAACUUUGGGUUUGGUGCUCAACCCACGCCUUCUUCCUCGGUAUCCGCCCCCGUCUCUGCCAUAUUUGGCGGCUUUGCUCAGGCAAAGAAGACGGAAGAAAAGGCAACGGAGCCAAGUCGUGAGAGGGAGGUGAGGUACUGCGAACCCUCCCAUUUCACUGGGCCGCUUUUUGAUAUGCCGCUUUUCUGGAAGGAGGAGGUGGAAGAGCGGUGUCCCUUACUGAACCUUAACAAGGGUUUCCUUGAGGAGAACCGCGAAUUGCUGCGCGGCAGACUAGAGAAGUGGGUGAAGAAGGCUGGAUUUUAUUUGCAACCUGUCAAGUACGUGGGGAUCGAGGAUGAUGAUGAAGAGACGAUUCGUGUGAUUAUUAAAGAUGCAGAGCGCACCUUUUUUCAUCCUGAGCACCGAAAAAAAUUUAUUGCUUUCCUAUCGGCUAUGCAUAACGAAUUCAACGCAUACGGACAAGCGAUGAGUUACUUGGCCGGGCUCAGCUUGCUGGUUCUGAACGAGGAGGAAACCGCCGCAGUGCUCCGGUACGUGACAAGGGAGCACAUUCCAGGCCAUUGGGCGGCCGAGGCGGUUGGUUUUUCCACCACCGCCUGGGUUGUGGAAGCCUUUAUGCAGCUCAAGUUUCCGGAUGUGGCGAAGCACCUUGAGGAGUUGAAGCUGUGGCCGGACACCUACCUUCAAAAGGUGCUCACGGGUCUUUGCAUCCACGUCUUGGAUUUCGAGGAACUGUUUGUGUUCCUGGACCUUUUUAUGGAGGGUGGCGUGAAAUUUCUCAUCAAAUAUUGUCUUGCGAUCGUGGAGCACUUCCGCAGCGAUCUUCUCCGCGUUAAAUCCGCAGAAAACGCCAAUCAAGUAUACGAAAUUAUGCGACUUGACGCCAAGGUUGCUGAUUCUCACGAUGUCAGGGAAAUUUUACGGCGUGCGCCGCUAAUCGAUCUUGGACCGGAGGGGGACACUAUUGACAUCUUACGCAUGGAAGCAUACGACAAGAAAGUUGCUCCUCGGCUGCAACGAGCCCCGAAGACGGAAGCGUUUGAGCCCUGUGCACUGUGUAACGAACGAAAGCCGGUGUGGUGGAAUGACGAUCUUGGGGCGGUCUGUUCGGAGUGUAAGGAUGGGGCUCCGGACCUGCCUUAUACCAAAUACUAA